AUGGCUUCAAAGAGCGCUCCAUGCAAACCCCGCAAGAAGGCACCGCCUCUCUCCUUCUCGACCGCACAUAUCGGUACCUCUCGAUCUCAAGCUUUGGCGGCCGUCUCGUUGACUUCGCCGUCCCAAUUGGUUCUGGGUUAUUCGGCCGGUCGGUUGAUUCGCACGCCGACAGUUACUUCUUCUUGCGAUAUUGUAGAUCGAAUGUCGCCGAGGUCGCCUACGCCGCGUCCUAGGAUUGCUUCGGAGAUUGCUUCGACGAUUGCUUCUACGAUUGCAUCGCCUCAGUCGCGGGCAAGAGUGAAUCAGACUUAUCGCGCUUUGGGAAAUAAAGCUGAUUUAUCUCACUUUGCAAGUUCACAUUCACAUUCACAUUCACCGUUUGCGAAUACAAAAAGUUCAUUUGGGGUUCUUCUAAAGAAGCAAACGGCGCAUGCUGGGGAAAUACCAGUUGCAAAGAUGGCGACUUUAAAUGUUGGUAACGGCAAUGCGCUUGCUGCUAACUUGAUGGGAGAAGCUUCGACUUUGCCAGCGACAAAUAUGGCUACUGUUGCUUCGAUACCACAAGUAAUCUCGAACUCGAAUGCAAAAGAUCUCGGCCGCGACAAAAUUCUCAACCUUUCUCGCAACGAGGGUAAUAAAGAGACACAUCCAGCAUCACCUGGCGAAACACCAGUAGCUCCCGCACAAGAGCCAUUACUCACAACCAAUUCCGAAUUUCCCACCAACACCGAUGCCAACAAACAGCAGUGGAAAGCCGCAGUCAAAGCGAACAAUCCCCCUCGCAACCCCUUCAACUUAAGUAUCCCACCCCAAGUCCAUCGACGCACUGCGAGCCACUGUGAUCAGGAAAUCCCAUCGAACAACACUCAUAGCGGAAUCGCGCUCUCAAAUGCUUAUACCCAAAUGGUCGAAAGUGUCGAGAAAGCCAACGGAACUCAAGCGAAUGCAAAUAUUCACCCACCUACCAUGACGCCGUGUAGAAAUCCCUUUUCUGGACCUUCGGGCGUGGCGGCCUUGGAUGCGGCGCCGGAUUUCGAAGGCAAUUUUGCGGAGAUGAUGGCGACGUUGGAGAAUGCGAAACCGGGAGAUUUGAUGUGUGGCGUGGGUGGGAGUGCUCUGCUUGCGCGGGCUUCCUCGGAGGCGGUGGGGCCGAUAAUGAGACGGGGUUUUGAGGGUGUGGUGAAGAAGGAUGGGGUGGGGAUGCAAGCGGUGGGUCAUACUGCUGUGCAAGAUAAUAUGGUGGGUGAUGGAAGUCGAGAUGGGCGAAUGCUGGUGGAAGGGAAGGGUAAUAGAAUGGAUGGUUCUGAGGUGGUUCAAUUGAGAUCGCCUUUUCAGACUUCGAUGCAGAUGCAACCUAUGAAUCAUCCUACCGCACAAAAAACUACGAUGAACGCUGGAAGUCAAGCUUGUAGGACAUCGUCGGUAGUACAAGUCAAGACACCAGAUCGUUCUUCGAUAUUCCAGAUGAGAUCGCCUUUUCAGACUUCGGUGCAACCUUUGACUCACUCUACGACUCAGCAUCAUACUACGAACAAUGGGAAUCUGUUCGAUGGAACAUCACUUCCAACAGGCCAACAGAUUCGGACUGACCCUUUACUCCGAUCUGACUUUCCAAAUACUACGCAAAUGCAUCAAUCUAGUGGCCAGGGAGAUGAGAUGAAUAAUGGUGGAUAUAAUAGUGGUGUUCAAGAUGAUAAUGCGUCAUCUUCAGAUAUUAUUGGGGAUUUCGCUCGAGAAUAUGGUUCUGCGAAUCACAAUGCGUGGUUGACGGCGGAUAUGAAUGAGUCUUCGAUUCAAGAGAAUCCAGCAGCAAGUAUGAUCGGAGCCUCGCCUUCAACUCACGCGAAUAGAAGAGUGGAUAUGGAUGGAUCGUCAACUCAAGCACCUUUGCCUAAUGUUGUUAGUCGUCCAAUGGAUGGAAUUUUGCUUACUGGUAGCAAUCAUGGAAAUCUGUCAAGUGUAUCUGGUGGUUAUAAUAUGAAUUGUGCGCCAAAUACCUCGAGUCAAGUAAUGAGUGGUGCUCUUGCGUCUGGACUUCAGUCAGAUACGUAUACUUAUCAACAAUCCUCUCCUCAACAGGUUAUACGUCAAAGAAGUGCUACUCCCGUACAUGGACACACUCCUCAUAACUCAAUGGGAUCGGGAUUCGGUCAUGUGGGCCCACAAGUACUAAACUCCCCCAAUCGUCCUGUUCAUUCGGCCCUCGACUUACGCAGAUCCGCUACACCUACUCAGUCAGGUAUCAAUUAUUCUAAUGCAGGCUCACCAGCAGCAGUGAAUGCAAUCGCUAGAUCGACAACACUGGCCGCUCCCGAAAUUUCUUUCGAUGAUACCGCUCCAAACCCUUUGCAUCCAGCCAGCUUUCAUCUAGAUACGCCUAUUUUCUCAACUCGCAAUGCUUUGCACCCGCCUAGUUUUCAUCAACCUACGCCUCGUGCUCCAUGGCCAACAUCGCGUGUUCCGAUCCCUCCCAACCCUGCCGUAUCGGGCAAUACACCGGGUUAUUUCGAGCCGACUCCAAUCUCCAAUUCUCAGGAAAAUGCGAAUGCGAAUGCGAAUACAAAUUUGAUGAACUUGAAUAGAGAUAUGCUUAUGCAAUUCAACCCUGCUUUUCAACAACAUCAGUUUAUGCUGAACCAAAAAAGUCAGAAUAAUCUACAAUCGCCGCAACAACCUCAUCAUCCCAUGGAGUUGGAUCAAUUCGAAGCCAUGAUGAAUCAAGCCGCCAUGGAGAACGAAGCAAAUGAGCGUGGGGAUCAAGAAAAUAUACAAGGAUAUACUCCACCCAUCUCACCACCCGUUUCUAUUCUGAGCAACUUGCUCCGUCAACGUGUCAGUCGAUUUGAAAACUUUCAGCCUCUGACGCAGGAUACCGUCGAAACAUCACGUCUAUGUCAAGUUGCGGCGGUGAUUAAUUCUUCGCUUCAGGCAUAUAAUCUCAAUAGCCCCAUGCCUUUUGAUGGAAAACCAGCUCCUCGACUUCCGAAUUAUCUCACUCCAGAUCUUCGUUCAGAGAAGAUCGUUGAUUUAGAUGAUCGUCCAUUAGCUCUAAACAAGUUAACGGUAGGAGAAAACUACGAAUGUGAUUUCUGUACCGGAACACCAAAUCUCGGUGGAAUCGAUCGGUACAAUCAUAACUUCAUCGAGAUCUGGGGUCCAGCCGGUCGAGAAUGGUGCGCUGAGUGCAAGAGAACCGGAAAACACAUACUCGCUACCACUCUCCCCGAGAAGCACGACCACAACAAGAAAGGCAAGCGACCCGCCCAAGAACCCGCAGGAGGCGGUCCCGCGCCCAAAAAACCCGUUCGUUCAUCAUCUGUUUCUUCGGCUAAGACGACCCGCUCGGCGACUGCUGCGACAGCUAGUUAUGAUCGCUAUGCGCCUUUGUUGGAAGAAUCCAACGUCUUUGGCGAUCCUCUUGAGAUCCGCUCGCCAAUCGAUAAUAUGUUGAUUAACCCCUUCAUGCACAAUCUCACCUGUCGCGGGGCCGCGUAUCGACAGCUCGAUCUGGACAAGACCAAAAUCUGUCUCGCGUGUAAAUUGAGGAAGGGGGAGGUUGUGAAGCAUGGGUGUCAUGCGGAGUUUACGCAUAUUGUGGCGGUGAAUGUGGAUGCGCAGGGACAGGUUGGAGAGGCUGGUUUGGGAGUGGGAACUGCGGAGGAGUGUUGGGGUGGGUUGAGAUUCGAUGUGGGAAGGGAUUUGAGUGAGGGGAAUAUGACGCUUGAGGAGAUUAAUUCGAUUGUUAAUGUUGGGUUGAGUGCGGGUGGUGUGCAAGUAGGUAAUGGGGGGAUGAAUGCUGGAGGUACAAAUCCAAGUGUUAUACAACCGCCCAGUGCUCAAACAAACAGCACGAACUCUCGCCGAAAUUCUCUCGUCAACACACACACAGAACCCCGCCUGAGCAGCAACACAGAUUUCGACCUGGACCCCGAUCUGUACUGCGACAUGAACUCCAUCCUCAACAGCUCGAUGGAAUCCAUGUUCGGCAACGACGAUUUCUCCUGGGGCAAAUCCGGCUGGCUCAGCAGCCACGUUACCUCGACCUCCAACUCCGCCGUGUUGCUUCCUACUCCCACCACUCCCUCUUCCAUCGCCACGCCCUAUCCCCGCGACGAAACGCACGAUCACCACACCCACAUGAACCGUCUCCCGCACCGACCCAUCUCCAAAUCCUGCAUGAUAUGUCCGGCGCCCUCUAUCUUUCUCUGCGACGGCUGUCCCUUGACGCUCUGCGAAAAAUGCAGAUAUCGUCUGCGAGACGCACGGGGCUGGUUGAAUAAUCUGAUCUAUAGUAAUGGGGUGAAUCAUAAUCGGAACGAUGCGUUUUUGCUCAGGAGUGAUGAUGGUGGGUAUCAUGAUUAUGGAAUGUUUUGGCCCGUGCCGCCGCAUGUGAAUGGGAAGGGGGUGUUUGGAGAUGGGGGAUGUUGA